GCUUGGGGGUUUUGUGGCAAAACAUCUGUGCUCCAUUUCCGUCUUGUCUUUCUCUAGUUCUGUUACUGAAGAGGUUGCUCAACUCUCAUGCAAUUAACAAGGGGAUGGAGUGAUUGACAUCAAUAAAUGUAGUUGCCUGCACUCAUAUGAUUUGUUUUCUGUUUUUUCUCCUUGUUUGUGAAUGUUUUAGUUCAAUGGUGGUUGGGUUAUAUAAGAUUUGUAAAAUCCACCAAACCUUUGAUAGUUUCUACCCUCAAUCAUGUAUGGGCACUUCUCAGUUCAUGUUUGCUACUUUCUGGCUGCAACACAAUAAUCAGUAAUGUUUUAGCUGGGGAUUGGGAAAGAAAUCACCUGAUGCAAGCCUCUUCUUUUGUUUUUGUUCCCGUUUUCCUCUAAUGUUGAUUAAGCUGAAAUGAGUAGCAAAUAUGAUGCAGAAGCAUCCUAAGCCAAUUGAAUCAGGAAGUCUCUCUUACAAGCUCAGUUCAAUUGAAGAAAUUUCUUGAGGCCUUUAUGGUGUAGUACUGGGAUCACCCUUCUUGUUUUCCUGCACGCUGGACCAUCAAGAAGUGAAACUAAUCAGCUGCAAGAUGCCUAAAAGUUUCUCCAGGAUUUGAUUCUUUGCAGCUUAAUGAUGAUCAUGAGAGAAGUAAGAUGAUCCCAAAUUCAAGAGAGAGAGAUUUUCAAGCAAAGCUAGAGGAUGCCACCAUCGAAGGGAAAUUCUCGAAGGCACCAUCUAGUUCAAGACAGUGGUCAGCAUUUAGAAAUCCACGGAUUGUACGCGUUUCACGUUCCUUUGGAGGAAAAGAUCGGCAUAGCAAGGUUUGCACUGUAAGAGGAUUGAGAGACAGGCGAAUUAGGCUCUCAGUACCUACUGCUAUUCAGUUAUAUGAUCUUCAAGACAGGCUUGGGCUGAGCCAGCCUAGCAAGGUAGUCGAUUGGCUGCUUGAUGCCACUAAACAUGAAAUUGAUAAACUUCCACCACUCCAGAUCCCACAGGGAAAUCUUGGUCAGUUCCAUCAAUCAAUGCUUGUUUCUCAUGAAUUGGGUGCUGGUCAAUCUUCUGCUGUUCCCUUCUUUGAUGCAACUCCAACAUUUUUGAAGGAAGCGGGAUCUCAUUCUUUUUCAGCUAUCAAGGAAGGGAUUAAGAUCAAUAACAAUGUUGACGAGGAAGAUCAAACUAUAAUUUCAAGACCAAAGUAUUGGGAUAAUGACGCUUUGAGAGCAAAAAGCAAGGAAGUUGUAAGAGAAGCAAUUUCUGACAAAACCAAGUGGUUCAGAAUAAAUGAACAAGAAAAUCAAGAUGGAAUUGGGGGCUACAGUUCACAAGUUUCAGCUCAAAACCUUUUUCCAAUGACCAAUCAUUCUUCCCUACCAGGCUUACUAAACAACUCCAUGCCAUACAACUCCUUCGGUCACUGGGAGCCUUCAAGUUUAUCAUUGUCACAAUUCGGAAGCCAUGGAUUUCCAUCCCAAUCAGAGGUCUCUCACAACAAUGUUGCUGUACCACUGCCAUCUCCACUAGCUCUGUCAUCCGGGUCUCAGUUAUUUUUCUGUCCCAAUGCAACUACACCCCCACUUUUUCCUCCAUAUUCCUCAUACAUCACAACUCAGGUAGAGAGCAGUCCACGACACUUCAACCAUCUUCAGUUAUUGAGCUCGAGUUCACAACAUAUGCAGCCAAAUUCUCUGAUGCCAUCUCUUCAUUCAGUCAGUGCGCAGAUGAAGUCAUUUCCAUUGAAUGGCAAUUCUAGGCUUUUCCAUUCACAAAAUAAUGAUGGAAGCCACCCAAAUAAGAGCUCUUAAAUCUCUUCUCUAAAAAUACUGCUCUAUGAUUAAUAGCUUCAGCCAGAUAGUAUGCUUCGCCAUGGAUCAGACCAAGUAUGGUAUUGCUGAGACUAAAAGUUGUGCAGGCUGUUGUUAUGCUGGUAAUUGUUGGUUUGAUCUACUUUCAUAUGCUUCAAAGCAUCGAAGCCUAUAUUGAUAAAUGGCCAAUGACUUUCAUUCAACUUCAUCUGAAUACCUUUUCAAGGACAUAGGAAUGAAAACGCAUGGAAUAUUGUUCCUGCUCAGAUUCUUCAGAAGAAGUAAGACACUCUAGAACUCUAGAACACUUUCCUGUAUUUAGAUACAAUUUUCUGCAAAGGUGGUGUGAUAUGUAGAGAAGUUGUGAAUUGGCAAUGUUAUAUGAUAUCGUAGUCUUGGGUUUUA